AUGUGGAGCGCAUAUCUCUUCGUGGCCGCGCUGGCAGUCCAGCUGGAAACGGGCGAAGCAGCCGACAUGAGAUCCCGCGAUGCAUCUGUCUGCGUCGACCCUGCAUCCUUCAAGUCCUGCAGACAACGCACCCGUGACUCGCGCACCGACUGUGUCAGUCAGCGCUGUUACGGUACGGAGGACCCAUGUACCAAAGUAUAUUCAUGCGAAUAUGGAAUGACGGUCAGCGGGCUAGUCUAUUCCUGCCCCGACGUUAACCUGGACCAGAUUCCCUUCUGUCCACCACCCGACAAUGCCCCGGGGGGAUGUGUCUGCAACGUGGGCAAAGCUGAGGCAUGCCUGAAUAACGGGACCAAACUCGGCCAACUAUCUACUGCGAAAGAGAGGACAGACUAUUGGCAGGCCUGUCUAGUAUGGGACACCUGUCCCAACACAAAUCCCGUUCUCAACACCGCUGAUUACUGGGGUAAGUACUUACUCGGCCCGCAUGACUGGGAUGCCUUUACUCCAUACCUGCAGCAAUACGAUUGCGCUGGAAUGUUGGGGUUUGGGGCCGCCGGCGCCGGGGGGACGCAGAACUUUUAUGAACCGGGGAAGAUCCCGAAACACGGGACCGGUUUGUUGAUGAACACGGGCGGUGUUAUCUCGACCCCCGUUAGUGGGAGUAGCUUCACCUGGACGUUUGGGUCGACGACGCACCCUAUUACUGCGGUGGUGAAUAGCACGGCUACUCGGUCUGCUACGGGAGAAUGUACGGGUACGGCAUGUCGAGGAGCACAGAAAACGGGUGGUGGAGAGUCUAUCGCAGCAGUUCAGUCGAGGCCGGGUAUUUUGGUGGCUGGGACUCUCAUAGGGCUCUGGGCUGCUUGGGUUGGCUUUUGCAUGUAG